AUGCUCAGCCGUGCUCGGCCGUGCUCAGCUGUGCUCAGUUGCUGGGCCGUGAUCAGCCUCAGCCGUUCUCGGCUGCUCGGCUCAGCCCUGUGCUUAGCUGCUCAGCCGUUCUCGGCUGCUCGGCUGAGCCGUGCUCAGCUGUGCUCAGCUGUCCUCAUGCGGUACGAUUUUUACGACGAACGUGGCGCGCACGUGGCGGUGGCCUACUCGGGUUCUUCGGGCAUGGUGGUCAGUGCGGCCUACCACGGGGGCGGGAUCAACAUCCUGAAGAUCUUGGCAGACGGAAGCCUUGGGGCGCCGGCCAGCAUCCUGCACAAGGGCGAAAAAGAGGCGCACCCGCAUUCCUGCUUCAUCGACCCGAGCGGGAGAUACGGCUUGGUGUCAGACCUGGGACUGGACCGAAUCUACGUCUACCGCCUUGAUGUGCUAGGCGGAGCUCUGCAAGAGGAGCAGAUUCUAGAGACCACAACUGAUGCUGGGCCAAGGCAUAUGAGCUUCCACCCGAACGGCAAAUUUGUGUAUGGAAUCAACGAGCUUGACAGCACCAUCAAUGUUUACGCCUUUGGCAAGGAUGGAGCCAUUCUGGGUCCCACUUUGCAGACUGUGUCAACGCUGCCGGACGGCUACAACAACAGAGACCACGUCAACGCCAAGAACGCCAAAGGGGAUCCUGCUUCCGGUCCGAAUCGACCUCCGGAUCAGACCAAUGCUACGGCGGACAUCCAUGUCUCGCCUGAUGGCCGCUUCUUGUAUGGCUCCAACAGGGGCCACGAUAGCCUGGUGUGCUUCAGCAUCGGCAGAGACGGCUUGCUGACGCUGGUGGACUUUACCUCCACCGAGGGAGCGCACCCUCGGAAUUUCAGCAUCCAUCCUUCGGGCAGCUGGGUCCUGGUGGCGAACCAGGAUGCUUGGCCAAGUUGGGGUGUGCCGGCGCGGGAGGCCGUCGAUGAAGGUGCCUGGACAAGUCGUUAA